AUGACGUUCCGCAUGCAUUGUGGGGCAGACAGGGUCAGGCAGGCAUUAGACAACCAAAGUUGUGGGCAUUCUGUGCAGCACCGCGUGGCAGUGAAAGGUUGCGCGGCGUUGCCUGCAAUGGCGAGCGAGCCGUUGCUGCCUGCACAAGGCACAUCUGCGGAGGUGGGCGGUGGAGGUGUGGUUUAUGCGCAUCUUCCUACGGAUGUGAGAAAGCAAUGGUACGCGCUGGCCUUCAGCGCUGACAUUCCAGCUGCCAAGCCAAAGCGAGUCGGCCAGGCAGCGCCAACUCCCAUGUCUACAUCCUUGCUCGGAGAUCCUCUCGUGCUGUGGCGCGACCUGCAGGGCAAGGCACACUGUGUGGCAGACAAGUGCCCACACCGCUCCGCGCCGCUUUCAUUGGGCACUGUCAACGGCGACAGCGGCCAUGUUGAGUGCAUCUACCAUGGCUGGCAAAUUGAGGGCACAUCUGGGCAUGUGGUGGAAAUCCCAGCGCUUCAAGAGGGGAAGCCAAUCCCCUCGAAUGCCAAGGUGCAGACUUAUCCGGUCUUGGAGCAGGAUGGAGUUGUGUAUGUUUGGCCCGGGCCUCCGGAGGCAGCAGAAGACACUGCAUCCCCGCCCAGGGACAUGACAGAUGAGGGCACGGCAUUGGCAGAUCCAAGCAGUGGCUUCGUACUGUCGACCAUGUGCCUGGACCUGCCGAUUGACCAUUCCCUCAUGGUUGAGAAUCUGCUUGACCCCGCCCACAUUCCCUUUGCUCAUGAGGGCACCAUUGGCAGCCGCAAGAAGAUUGAGAAGAUGAACAUGACCAUCGAAAAGACUGCCAACGGUUUUCGGGGCCGCAUCAAGCCUGAGUACUACAACGCCUUCGAAGCUCCCUGCAACAUUGUCUUGCACACCCCUCCCAAGCCUGGAAGUUGGGACAUGUACCAGUACGUGGCAUGCACCCCCACUGCGCCGGGGCAGAUGCGGAUGGUCUACCGUGCCUACCGUAACUUCGCCACGUGGGUCGAAAAGGUUCCGCCCCUCAAGCGAGCUUUCGACCGGAUGAGCCAGAAGAUUGUCUUCCAGGACUACCAGCUCCUGCUCGGACAGCAGCUGCGCCUUCGAGAGCACGCCUUGCCGUGGAACAGCACGAUCCAAGUCGAUUGCUUGCCUCUUGCAUAUCGAAAGUACUGGCAAAGAACUUUCGGAAAGAAAGAUGGGCCGUGGUGGCGGGGCUGGGACGGCAAGCUGGACUUGGAAGACCUGGAGAAGCUUGGCUCUUUCGACAAGGAAUUUGACUGCAACGGAUGCGCUCUUCCCAAGCGGCCGCAUCAUCCGCAGAACGUGCUGGAAGUGAGUGGCACGCCUGGCGUUGCGCUGCGCCCGGAGCCCAGCGCCGCAUGGAAGGUGUGGGGCCCGCCCCUCGCGGCUGCGGUCUUGGCGACGCUGUGCACGUCAAAGCUGAUGCGCGCAUGA